AUGGCGGUAGCUGCUUGUGCAGCUCCGACCAGAUCCGUUCUCAACAACGUCUAUGAUUUCUCUCCUGAUCUGGCAGAGUUCUAUUCCAGAAUCAGUCGGUACAUCGAUGAUCUCGCAGAUGGUGCGUUGCCAUCGUGUGAUCUAUCAAAGGUGUCAUUACCGGCGCAGGCAGCUGGACUGCCCUCUCCCUCGAAUCUGACAUUGAAGUACGUCGCUAUUGGCCGUGGCACACAGAACUACAGCUGUGUAACGCCAACUCCCGACGCGACGCCUUCGGCACUAGGCGCAGUUGCCAGUCUCUAUGACGCUUCUUGUGUGGCUGCAAACUAUCCAGACCUGUUGACUACUGCUACCAAAAUCGUGCUCAACCAACCAUUACCGCCCAGCGACUCGACUCCUCUUCCGCCGGCCAAUCUCGACCUGCUGGGUCAUCAUUACUUCCAAGACGCUAGCACACCAGUUUUCAACCUCGACACCACUACGGAUCGACAGUAUGGAAUUGCCAUCUCCAAAAAGAAAGCCCAAUUGGCCGCUCCAGCUGGGUCUGUGGUUGGUCAGAACAACAGCGGCUAUGGGGCCGUUCCCUGGCUCUACCUCGAGACCACAAAUGGCACUGUUGGGGGCUAUAAGUCGGUCUAUCGGGUCAACACGGCUGGAGGACAGCCACCUGCGACCUGUCAAGGCAUGCCAAAUGUAUUCACGGUCCAGUACUCUGCAGACUAUUACUUCUAUGGCGCACAAGUAUUUAGUAAUUUACAGAAUAACAUAUGCACUACGGAAUUUAAUCCCCCUGUCGUCCAGGAUAAAUAUCGCGACCAAAUCAGUAUCCAGCAGUGUUGUACCGUCCAAUCAGAUUACUCAGGAGUACUAGCGCGUAGGCAUUUGGCAAGAGAUCAGAAAAAAAGCUCCAACCGGUCCAGCUCCAUCGAGAAAAAUCUCGACUCCACGCAAGACACACCUGCUUGUUCGCAACAGCAGCGCGUGGCCCUGCAUUCCCCUUGUGGAUUACUUACACAGGAAGGGGCUUUUUAUUUUUAUUCUAUUUUAACCUUGAGAGCAUUAAUUGCUCUACGUUCCCUCCGUCCACUGACCGCAUCGAAGUCGACGCCCGUGCGAAAUUUCAUUGGUGCUAAACCCCGGGGCGGCGGCGGUGGCGGCCGUGGAGGCCGCGGAGGAGCACCUCAACGUGGUGGUCGAGGUGGUGGGAGAGGCGGACUUGGCGCUAAAGGCCGUGGUGGUGGUGCCCCUCGCGGCGGCCGCGGUGGUGCUCGUGGUGGUAAGAAGAAGGGAGGCAAGAAAGGUAUCAAGGGUGGUCAGAAGGUCAUCAUCGAGCCGCACCGUCAUCCCGGUGUUUUUGUCGCCCGCGGUGGUAAGGAAGACUUGCUUGUCACCAAGAACUUUACCCCUGGAGAGUCUGUGUACGGCGAGAAGCGCAUCUCUGUCGAGUCCCCCGCCACCACUGCCGAUGGAGAAUCUGCCGCCCCUGUGAAGACUGAAUACCGUGUCUGGAACCCGUUCCGUAGCAAGCUCGCAGCCGCAAUUCUCGGUGGUGUUGAUGAUAUCUACAUGCGUCCUGGCUCGAAAGUUCUGUAUCUUGGAGCGGCGUCGGGAACCAGUGUAUCGCACGUAUCCGACCUUGUUGGCCCAACUGGCACUGUUUACGCUGUUGAGUUUUCUCACCGGUCUGGCCGUGACCUGAUCGGCAUGGCGACCCACCGGACCAACGUCAUCCCCAUCGUCGAAGACGCGCGUCACCCGUUAAGAUAUCGGAUGCUGGUUGGGAUGGUUGAUUGCAUCUUCGCCGACGUGGCGCAGCCCGACCAGGCUCGUAUCGUCGGCCUCAACGCUCACAUGUUCCUGAAGCACGGAGGUGGUGUCAUUGUCAGUAUCAAGGCGAACUGUAUUGACAGCACGGCCAAACCGGAGGUUGUGUUCGCCAGAGAGGUCCAGAAGAUGCGGGAGGAGCGAAUCAAGCCGAAGGAGCAGCUGACCUUGGAACCAUUCGAGCGUGACCACUGUGUGGUGUGCGGUAUCUACAGGCGCCAUGACUAA